UGUGAGAUAUAUAUGGGUUGCCUUGUGACCUUUACUUGGAUUAUCGAUGGUUUUGCAAGUGUUUCUUAUAUGGGAGACACUCCCAUACAUGUACAAAAUUGUUGGUAUAUAGAAUUCGUGAUAAACAUUUUUGCAAUCUGCACUAAUAUUCAGAAAUGAAAUGCAUGUUUCCUUUACUUGGAAUCAGAUGAAUAAAUUGUUACCAUAUAGGGUUGUUUGAUUCUCUAAACCUGGUUGUUUUUUCACCAGGUAUAGUACUAUUUAGCAAGCAGCAUUACUCAGUUAUAUAUCUGUUGCACCAGGCAAGGAAAUUAAAAGUACAUGUUGCUAUCUAUGUAAAUACUAAUCUUCAGUACAUAAUCGGUAUUUAGUUGACCGAUCUUUCAGAAUCAAGUAGUUAUGUUUUUUGAGGUAGACCGACAUUUUUAUCAUGAGUAGUGUCUGGAUCCUCACAUGAAUUUCAUACUAUUUUUUAUGUGCUACUGAAUCUAUUCAUUUAUUACAGAUCUAUAUUCAAAGUAGACUAUUAAUGUAGUGCAUACUGAUUCAUACUGAUUACUGAAUCACAAUAUUUUUCUAGAAAUCUUCAUGAUUUUUUCACGGGUUCUGAAUUCCUUGUUAAGUAAACGUUGUCUUGCAGUUCACUUUGAUACAUUUUUAUGUGCUUACUGCAGUCUUCCUGUUUUAGCAUAUGUGUUAAUUGCUUGAGGCCUAGGAUUAUUCUUUUGUUGCAGUUGUGCUUGGAAAAUUAUAUUUGCAACAUUGUCAAGGGUUAUGAACCAUCGCCGUCUUCCAGUUUGUUAGUCUUGGCUCCUUCUGCUGUGUUCGUCUGAGCUGCUGCCACGCUAGCGCCCCAUUUUUAUCUGGUCUAUUUUCCUGUUUUGUUAUUUCCUCCUCUAAUUUAUCUGCAAUACUAUGUUUGUAUCGUACCUGCUGAAUGGAGGCUCUGGUGGUUACACCAGUUUUGGCCAUGAUUAGGGCGCUUUGGAAAGUCGGUGUUAUUUUUGUUUUGUUGAGAAGGUGGUGGCUGCCAUUGUUGAGGAUAUGAUUUGGGUGCGAUUGGGGAGGCGGUGGACUGCUUUGUCUUGGGAUGCUAUUAAAUUUGGCUUUGCUCCUUUGUGUGCACUCGGGUUGGUUGUUGACGUGGUGCUUACUCUCAUUAUUUUGUGUGUGUUUUAUUUUCUUUGAAACUUGAGCUCCUAACAAGAGCAUGAUCUUUCUGUGCGUAGGAAGCAUAACCUGCAUUUGCACCAGUGAACAUGAUCAUGAACAAAGCCAUCAAGCACUUAGUCGGCCAGGCACCCCUGCAAGAAAUUGCAAAAAAAUCUUUUAGUGAAGCUGCUGCCGGACACGCUGGUGUACCAAGACAAGUUGGCUUUGUGGACUGGAAAGGAACGGCAUGGGAAGUAAUUCCGCAGCGUGUGCUUGGUGAACAUCAUGUAUGCCUUCCACGGCGACGAGGCCCACGAUAGCAGCCCCGGCGCAAUAAGUGCUAAGAAUUGAGAGGGUGACAAUCCAGCUGCUGGAAGAUCCUCCAAUGGUUGCAAGUAUACAAUUCUCAGUUUGAUGGAGUGUCUUCUAUUAUUUGAGAAUUUUAUUGUUGCUUCUUGCGACUAUAGAGGUUAUACUGGAAGUCUGCAUCGCCAUUGCCAUAGGUAAGUCCUCUGCUCCUAGCUAAUAUGUUGAUUUCAAAAUAAAACGGCUUGUGGUCAUGUCAAUGGUUUCUGAUUGUGUUUGUGCUGCUUUGUGAGCUGGCUUCUACGAGAGUGUAAGAGUGAGUAGAACAGGGGGCCAUUGUUUCUAAAUUCUGAUAAAAUUCAUCUAUAUUUCUGGUACUGGAACAUGUAGUCAUCUACUACUCCAUGACAUGUACUGUUUCCUUAAUUUUGCAUCAACUAUCUUGCCCAUGUAUUUUCUGAUGUUUACCAUGCGCACGUGUGGAUGGUGAAGAGUACUAUAUGUUCCAAUGGGCUAUCUUGAAGUACAUGUGGAUGUCCUCUCAUUUCCUUGCUGUAGCCAGUUUGGCACUUUCUCAUACUUAAAAGGUAUGCUGGAUUUGCAUCGAGUUGGUCUCUUUAGUUUAGGAAUGUUUUUCUAUCUAUCAGUGAUGUUAGGUUGUGGCUGAUGAAAAAAAAACAUUAUUGUAGGAUGUCUAAUCCCUUUUGAAAAACUACGCUCUCCUAAUUUAGUUAAUUUCACAUGGUACGAACACACUAUAGGUCACAUGGUCGCUUGGUUUUGUCUCAGAUCGGGUAUGGUGUCAAAAUAUUUUUUAUGAACACAGGCCUUGCAUUUUCUCAUAGGUAGAAACAAAAGAGUUGUUCAUACGUACGCCAUCAACUUGCUGUCCAUGGUGUAACAAUCAUUCUUACAAGGCGUGCGAAAAUAUAGGGAGACAUAUGUGGUUGACUUCAUCCAUCAUGAAUACAUCGUUAGCACAUCUAUGUGCCUUUUUGUCUGCUAAAUAGUUCUACAUGUUAGAGAAUCAGCGAUUUCGGUUUGUUCAUUCAUUGCUGGAUUUCACUCCGCUAGAUAGCCACCAUGGUCGAUAAACUGAAAGUAUGUAUGUUUCUUUCUAUGCAUAAGGAGGGUAUGCUCCAUCUUUCAUGAGCCUUCCACCCCGAGGUAUGAGUUGUUGAGUAGGCCGCGACAAAUCUACAGGGUUACAAUCAGGUGAUGGUUGAUCCAGUACAUGCUAUUGUUUAGUAUAUCAUUUGAAUCUAGCAAUGGAUGAUUCAGCACAUCAUAUUACUUUGUAAAACAGCUUGGCCAUUUCCUUUUUUGAAACUUUCCUCUCAUUUAUUAGAUGAUUUGUGGCAAGUAUAGAUUGGACAUAACAGAUCUACAUGUUACUAAGCUAAUUAUAGACUGAUAGUUUGUUCCCAGUCAAGCUUUACAUUCUUUACAUCAAUUAUUUUUAAUCUCGAUUUGUUCAAGCAUUUAUUUUUCCAAAACGAUACAUAGCGGUGGAUGUACAUGGAUAGUGACCAAUGAAAUAGUAUGAUACAUCAAACACAACUCAUGUGCUCCUAAGAAGACAAUUAUCUUGACCAGGACAGUGUUGUAACACCAAAUAAGGCUACAGAGGAAGGGGUGGGAAAAGGAGGAGCCGCUUGAUCGUUUCUGUCGAGCUGUCAUUGAUCUGAUCGGUUGUGAUCGCCUCCAGUGCUCUACUUUCCAGGGCCACAACGACCAUUGCUGGUUCUACUGUGGGCUGAUCCAUUCUGUGCUGAUGGUACCUCUGAACCCCAUCUGUUGUUUCCUAAUUUUAGCGUCAAUCGAUGGAUGGUAUUUCCUGGUCUUCGUAACUACUAUGUCAUUCAGGUAGAGUGAUUAUGCAGUGCAGAAGCCAUGUGAAAAUCGAUUACUUCCCUUCACGGAUGGUUAUCAUGCAGUGAGCUCCAUAGCAUGAUUAUUUCUUAGUAUCUUCAUGUUGACGAGUUGCUCGACUGUCCACGGGAAAUAUAAUUCUUUGAUUACAUGUAAGAUACAACAUGGUUCAGGCCAUGGGAGUGAUAAUAUCUGUUGUUUUUAUAUGCAUAUUUAGGCAAGAAUAUUUUCAUAUGAUUUAUGUACAUUGUAAAUUUGUCAUAGACGUUAUCAGUUUAGUCAUGUAAUGUCCAGUGAAGUGCCUAAUUCUUCGGCUUCUCAGUAUAAAUAUCAAGUUUGUACCCUUCAUCCGCUAACACCCCAAUAAAACAAUUGCUCGAAAGAAAAAAGACAUCAACAAAACAACGGGCGCGGCAGAGCGCGCCAGGUCCUUCUAGUUCAAGCUAAAGCAGAUACCUUUCAUACAGGCCAUGCACAAAUUUAUGUCGAUGUUGGUUGCUAGCUCUGUGUCUUGGAUUUUUUUAUUUUUUUUUAAUAAUUUGGUUGUGUGCAUCAUUGAUAUCUUAAAAUUGCUCUUGAUAUUGAUUUGUUGCUGAGGCUAGGUGUAUUUGGUAUCUAUUUAGUAUUAUAUAUUACCCCUUAUCGAAAAAUGCAUUAAAUUGAUGUUAUUGUAGUAGAUGCCCAAAGGUUCUCUUUUGCGCAAUUGGCGAAAUCAACAUCUAACUUCGCGUCAGAAGAAAUACUUGGAGCUGGUGCCUUUGGUACUGUAUAUAAAGGUAAACUGAAUAGCAUGGAUGUUGCUGUAAAAAAGAUAAUUAUGCCAGAUAAUAAUGAGGAACAAGGACAAGUGAGGAAGGACUUUGAUAACGAGAUUAACGUUAUGAGGCCGCUUCACCAUUGCAACAUUAUAAGUCUUGUUGGUUGCUGCAAGGACAAAAAAAAUCUAAUUCUUGUGUAUGAGCUAAUGGAGAAUGGGAACCUCGAGGACCAGCUUUACCCCAAAGCUGGUGCCAUGGAUUCGGACCUUCAUGGUGUAACGGUUCCGGGCACUAAUCUGAUGCUAGAUUGGCCAAAAAGGAACAGCAUACUGAUUGGAGUAGCCACUGGUCUUGUAUACCUCCACUGUGAAUGUAAGGAAACCCUCCUGCAUGGCGAUAUCAAGCCAAGUAAUGUGAUGCUUGGCAAAAGCUUCAAUGCGAAGCUGUGUGACUUUGGGCUGGUGAAGCAAAUCAGCAAUAGUAAAACCUCACGCUCGACGGACAGCAUCCGUGGGACCAAAGGCUACGUCGACCCGGCAUAUGCGAACACCGGCAGGGCAUGCGAGAAGAACGAUAUCUACAGCUUCGGCAUAGUGAUGCUUGAGGUUGUAUGCUGUGAGAGACCGUCCGUGACUCAGCAUGGUGAUAGGAUUAUGAACAACCUUGUCGAGAAGGUGCGGGCAUGUCAUCAGAGGAAUGCUAUUCUGGAUGCAGCUGACGGACGGCUGAGGGGUCAGUCUGACGAGCAACUUAAGCGGGUGCUGAUUAUCGGGCUCUUCUGUGUCCAUCCGGAUCCCGAUCAACGUCCACAUACCAGGAAAGUGCUGGAAUACUUGACAAGCCGAGCCGUUCCGUUGCCUUUUCUCCCUACUAGUACAAAUUAUACUUUUCCCAUGAUGAAUGAGAGUAGAUCAUAUCCGUCAACCUCCCAUAACCGCAGUGUAAGUGAAGAUGAGUUCAGCACGUCUGCCACUGUGCCCCCUCGGCAUGCACGAAGAGAUGAAGACGCUGGUACGGCAGCUUUCCUGACCAGCCAGAGCUGAAGUUCAUCAUUAAAUUCAGUCUACUUCCUUGCUAUUGUAUUAUCAAUCAUAUGCUACCUAUCUGUCUUGUACCCAUGGUCUACACGGCCCGCGCUUUUAGUACCUAAAUGGCUCUGUAUCCAUGUA